UGCCCUCUUUUUUCUUUCUUAAUCUCUUUCCCUUGGUAGAUUCUAGAUCAUCGUCUUUCGUUGGAAAAACCAACGCCAACGCUUUCAUAAAGUCUCUCUAGAUGUAUUUUGGAGCAGAGCAAUAAAAGAAUGGAAAUUCCCCAAUGAUUGAAGAGUUAUUCAGGAGAUUAGACAACUAUCUUUGUCAUCCAGAUCAGGAAAUACUAAGUGAGAAAAUGGACUAUCUGAUCAAGAUGAAGGAAAUAGCAAGAAUGAGUGCUGAAAUGAGGAUCAAGGACGGCGCCAGCCCACUUGAGCAAUUUUCCAUUCACCCAUUAAUGAUGAUGAAGAUAGGGAACUUUUAUUUCUCAUUCACAAAUCCAUCCUUGUCUAUGCUGCUAACUCUCGGUUUGGUCCUACUUCUUCUUUUUUUUGUUACGAAAAAGGGAGGGGGAAAGUCAGUGCCAAAUGCUUGGCAAUCCUUGGUAGAGCUUCUUUAUGAUUUCGUGCCGAACCCGGUAAACGAACAAAUAGGUGGUCUUUCCGGAAAUGUGAAACAAAAGUUUUCCCCUUGCAUCUCGGUCACUUUGACUUUUUCGUUAUUUCGUAAUCCCCAGGGUAUGAUACCCUUUAGCUUCACAGUUACAAGUCAUUUUCUCAUUACUUUUGCUCUCUCAUUUUCGAUUUUGAUAGGCAUUACGAUCGUUGGAUUUCAAAGACAUGGGCUUCAUUUUUUGAGCUUCUCAUUACCUGCAGGAGUGCCACUGCCGUUAGCACCUUUUUUAGUACUCCUUGAGCUAAUCCCUCAUUGUUUUCGUGCAUUAAGCUCAGGAAUACGUUUAUUUGCUAAUAUGAUGGCCGGUCAUAGUUCAGUAAAGAUUUUAAGUGGGUCUGCUUGGACUAUGCUAUUGUUGAAUAAUCUUUUUUAUUUCAUAGGAGAUCCUGGUCCUUUCUUUAUAGUUCUAGCAUUAACCGGUCCGGAAUUAGGUGUAGCUAUAUCACAAGCUCAUGUUUCUACGAUCUCAAUCUGUAUUUACUUGAAUGAUGCUACAAAUCUCCAUCAAAAUGAGUCAUUUCAUAAUUGAAUAAAAAUGAGGAGCCGAAGAUGAACGGGGGCGGCAGCUCGUUGACUUGACGUUGGUUUCGGUUCGAUCUACUAUCCUUUUUGAAGCGGAUAGUUCACAGCGCUCAUUCUCCAAAUAAACCUACAAAGCCAACUCAUGUUUCUACUCUAUUUAUUCCAUGAGUUGUCCCCGAUACAAGUGCCUUUAGAGUUGAUUCUAGAGAGAAGUCAAUUCCUCUUGGAAAAAAAUCUAUCCUUGACGCACCACCUUGACGCACCAUCAGUAGUAGUUCAUGGCUAUUCAAAACUACUCGACAAAAUACUGCUGAUGGGGGGCCGCAUUCAUGAGGGCCGCAUUCAUGAUCGUAUCUAUAUACGUCUUAUGGAAAGUCAGAAAACACUUUGUUUCUUCGGACUCUUUAGAAACUGACAAAGAUUUUGUGUAAUUGGGGUUUUUAGGAGUGGUCUUGGUUCUUUCCUUAAGCAUUCCAAUCGCCUAUUGCGAUGAUCAAAAUGCCUUCUUGCCCCCACCUAGUCCGGUGCCAUUGCCGGGGGAACCGGUGACUCCCCCCGAGGCUCCGCCGGUACCGCAACCAGUCGUUAUACCCCAAUUAGACCACGCUCUUCUUUCGGAUGCCGCCCGAAGGAUACCCGAGAUUCCCUCCUUAAUUUAGGGGGUAAUGAUGACUUAGGGCGCAUGGUUUCCAUUAUUGACAACCAAGUCGUAGUGGAACGAGAUGUCGAAGCAGCAUUAGUAGAAGAAGGUUUUAGAAGGGAGUCCAUUUUGGCCAGCUAUACAGAGAUUCGCGGCAUUCUCCAUUCUCCGCAAGGGGAGCUCUUAAGCAAUAGAACCUAUCAGUUCUACGUGAGCCAGAUAAGAGAACGGGGCACCCGACAAAGCGUUCCCUAUCGGCGGAUUGUGAGAGCCAUCCAAAACUUUGAUCUUUUCUUCUUUUUUUUUCGGAAAAGAAUCCGUGGAUUAUUCAUUGAUUGGUGUAGUCCCCCAUACAAGAGAUCAACAAAGGAGUGGGAUGAGGCCCCCGGGGGGAAAGAAGAGUGGGUACGUGGGCUUCUUUCACUUCUUGCUUACCUGAUCGCAAAAGUUUUCAUAAGAAAAUGACUUCCCCGACUCGUCUUGGAAGCAUUCCUUCUCAAGAAGUUCAUUCUUUGCAUUUCUUGCUUCGCUAUCGCUCUUAUUUUAUGCUUUUCUUCUCCUUGGCUUCUGCGCGAGGGCGCAUAUAGCAGAUAGUGAUUUUUUCCUUGGCUUCUGUGUUGCGAAGAAUGCUUUUAUAAACUCUGAGUUUUGAUGCGAGGGCGCAUAUAGCAGAUACUUGUACUUGAGUGUCCUUUCGAGCUUGAAUUCGACGAUCUGAGGCUGCCUCCGCUAUAAAGUGUAUUUCAAGGCGGGAAAUAGGAUUCCACUCAUGGCCUUGAAAAUACCGCUGAUGGGUUAGGGUGGGCGGAGCUAUUUCGAUCAACUGGAAUUAAAGAACGUGGUCUUCUCAUGUAGAGGAAGAAUCUAUUCUCUGUAUACCAGUCAGAUUCAGAUUAAGAGAUUCGUACUAUAUACUAUGAAUUCAAGCAAGCAAGACGGUAUCCCCUGAUAGGCUCGAGCGAAUGCGAGAGGGGCGAAGAGCUGAACGAAGGGAAGGGGCGACACAAGGAGAAUAGAGGCAGCGACCGAUAGGUCGAUAGUAGGAGACAGAUAUGCUCGACUAAUAUUGAUAAGGUAAGAGUAAAUGGCCUAAAGCCAUUUACGACUGUUGCUGUGGGCCGAACUACAAGAGUAGGAUAGCAGUAGGAUAGCAGUAGGAUAGCAGUAGGAUAGCAGUAGGAUAGGAGUAUUGAGGCAGCGCCGUCAUUUAGUUGGGAGAUCGUAGACUUAGAUAUGCUCGACUAAUAUUGUAAAGGUAAGAGUAAAUGGCCGUUGAGCCUACAAAUACUUAUGAUGGGGGUUGGGUGUUGCUGUGGGCCGAGGACGGGAUCGUUUUAUAGUUAGGGUAUGCAAUAGCUCGAAAUUGCCAUUAGGGGUAGGGCCAAUAAAAGAAAUACGUCUUUUCUUUCUAAGUGUGUUUUUUGAAUCUUUGGAGUAUAAAUAGCCUUUGGGGCAAUGUGAGACUAGUUAUAUUUCGCCAUUCACGACUACUAUAAGUUGCUUGGGCCGAAAUUGUUAUAAUGAUAACGACGGCGAUACCAAUUUCUUGGUACUUGGUAUGAGGAGUGGUUAUGUAGGUUGACAACUCUUCAUAGGUUCUU